GGCGUUCUGACGCUUCAGUUGGAGGGCGUUUGAGCUAACAGCAGGUUGCAGCAGCUUUCGAGUGAUAAACAAAAGGAUAAUGCAGUAUAUACUAGCUUUAGUUUGCCUGCUGGGCAGCAGCUAUGUGCAAGCGGCACCAGCGGAAAAUAAAUAUCUACAAGCUGGGGACUUGCCAAAAUGUUCCGAGAAUCCCGACGAGGCGGGCGAUUGCGUUAAGGAGAUAAUGAAUACACUUAUACCACGUCUGCGCAUGGGCGAUCCUGAUCUAAAGAUACCAUCGUACGAUCCUUUGACCAUCGAUCGCAUGAGCUUUCAAUAUGCCAGCGGCGCUGUUAGCGGUCGCAUCUCAGUGCGCAAUGUGAAGUUGUUUGGCUUUGCGGAGCAUAAAAUUGAUAAAAUCAAUAUCAAAGUGAAUGGCGAUAAGGUCAAGCUGCGCAUUGUGUCCAAGCUGCCCAAGAUGAAUAUUGUGGGCAACUACAAGGCGGACAUGAUGGUCAAUCAGCUGCAGCUGAAGCCCAAAGGCAACUUUAAUGUCACAUUGUUUGAUGUGGAAAAUCAUGUGUCCACCGAUGGUGAAAUUUACAAAAAGGAUGGACACAGAUUUUUGCGCCUAACCGAUAUUGAUGCCAGUCCCAAAAUAGGCGAUAUGGUUAUCAAAGCAAAUGGCAUCUUUCCCGAUCCGGAAUUAGAUGAACUUGCUCUCAAUGUGGCCAACAGCCAUUGGCGUGAUAUUUAUGGCAUUAUCCUGCCGGAAACGCGCAAUUCCUGGGCACCGCUUAUGCUGCGUCUCAUCAACGAAGCUUUGAUACAUGUGCCUCUCGAUGAGUUUACCAAGAGCUCGUCGUAGUCUAAUAACAAUUGUUAAGUAUGCAUACUUUAGGCUUAACUGUUUCUUUAGUAAAUUUCCCAAUUACAUUUUACAAGCGCA